CAAGUCUAUGGGCAGCUGUCACCAUAAAGUUUUUCAUGAUAAAAUACUUAAACAAAAAUACAAUUUUUUUAACAAAUUGCCUUAAAACUAUUAUCUACAAAUUAGAGAACUUCAAUAAUAAUAUUGUGAAACUGACAAAUUCAAAUUAUCUGGUAAACUUGAUUAAUUCUUAUUGCUAUUAUUUUAAUUAUUCAAAAACAGAGUACUUUUAUUUGAACAAUAUGAAGACAAUCCAAUAAAAUGGAUGAUUAUAAGUUUCUCUUCAAAGUAGUACUGGUAGGAAAUGCUGGGGUUGGUAAGACAUGUCUAGUUCGAAGGUUCACCCAAGGGCUAUUUCCUCCAGGGCAAGGUGCAACCAUUGGAGUGGAUUUCAUGAUCAAAACAGUAGAAGUGGACAAUGAGAAAGUGAAACUACAAAUUUGGGAUACUGCAGGCCAAGAAAGGUUCAGAUCGAUCACUCAAAGUUAUUAUAGGUCAGCUCAUGCGUUGAUUCUAGUCUAUGAUAUCUCUUGCCAACCUACCUUCGACUGUCUACCAGACUGGCUUCGAGAAAUUGAAGAGUAUGCUAGCAAUAAAGUCCUUAGGGUAUUAGUGGGUAAUAAAAUUGAUAGAGAAGAUAGAGAAAUUCCAACACAUGUAGGAGAAGAAUUUGCUGAAAGAAAUAGUAUGUACUUUUUGGAAACAUCAGCUAAAGAAGCUGAGAAUGUUGAAACAUUAUUUAUCCAAAUUGCUACUGACUUAAUAAAGCAAGCUAGAAAUAGAGAUGUACCUAAAUAUGAUGGUACAACCACCAUAGAUGACAGCACAACUUCUAUUGGAGAAACAAAUUGCUGUGGUAAACUACAAUAAUGAUACUCCAAUUAAUUUUACUUAGUUGAAGGCUUUAAAACAUUUGUACUUAAUUUUUAUAGAUUCAUUAUCGAUAGUGACAUAAUUAUGCAUUUACAAACAAAAAUUUCCCUUAAUGAUUAGUUGAGAAAGUCCUCAUGGUCUUGAGACUGAUUUUGGAACAAAUGUUUUAUCCUAUUGUUUGAUCUCUAGGACCAUGAUUCUUUAUAAGUAUUGUUACAUUUUAUUCGUUGUUACUAGUUUUACAAUUGCGUUGCAACUAUAUUGUUUUUCAAUAUAACAUUAAGAAUAUCUUACCCCAUGAUGUAGAAAAUAAGUAACAUGCAUUUAAUUUGUUAUGAGUAUACAAAGCAAAUAUUUAUUCUGGUUUCUAUAUUUUUGAAAUUUGACAUUGAAUAAACGCACUUGACCACAAAAGAAAAUCUGCACUGCAAUUACACAACAGACAAUCUUGCAAACAAUGAUGUGGGGACAAGAUAUUUGAAUUUUAGAGCUCUUCAUAUACACUAUCAAAUUCCUCUAUUUUAGUUAUAUAUUGUUGUGUUUGUUCCUACUAAUUUUAUUUCAGUUUUUUACAUACUGAUAUUUCACUUUUGUUCAACAUUGAUAUUAAAUUUUGUUUUUGCAUUUACUUCGAGAAUUUUGCAUUUUUAGCAUCGAGCUAAAGUUAAUUAAUGCCUCUCAAGUGAUUUUAAGUGAAUAGCAAAGACAAAUACUCACAUGUUUUGUUGUUGGUAAGGAGCUCUGCUUUUUUAUACAUCAAAUUUUUGAGUUGGGAAUUUUUUUAAUACUCAAAUGAAACAUUUCUUUAGAGAAUUGUCUUCUCUCUAUUUGUUAAAAUUUUUGCACUGAAAGAUGUAGAAUUUGAUCAAGAAACCUUUUUUACACUGGUUUUGUCUUUGUUGAUUGAAAUUAUUAAUAUAUUGUGAUUUUUCUGAAACUUCAUUUUAGAUGUUUAGUAUUAUAUUUUGUUGUUAUGUGUAGUGAAUCUUGUGGCAGCUUUAUAUAUAACUGUGGUGAAGGUAUGGAUCAUUUUUAAAAUUGAAUUAUUUUGUAUUGUAAACCUAAUUGCCAAAGAUAAUAAGCAUUGUAAUAAAACAUUGAAAAUUAAAGUCAUAUCAGUUGA